UUAUCUGACUUUUUUUCUAAAUCACUGUACAGACUAUCAUGAGGAAAAGAAAGUCUUAAAUGGCAUGCUUCCCAAGAGCCAAGUGCCAGAUGCACUUGCCAAAGAAGGCCCGGUUUCUCCAAGCUAUGACUGGUUCCAAACAGACUCUUUAGUCACCAUUGUCAUAUAUACUAAACAGAAGGAUGUCAAUUUAGACUCAGUAAUAGUUGAUCAUCAGUAUGAUUCCUUUAGAGCAGAAACUAUCAUCAAGGAUUAUUCAUAUCUUAUACAUAUUGAGCUAAGCCAUGCGAUUCAAGAAGAUUUUUCUGUGCGGGUUGUUGCAAAUGUGGGAAAGAUAGAGAUUGUCCUAAAGAAAAAAGAGAAUACUUCUUGGGAAUGUCUUGGUCAUCCCCUGGAGAAUCAUAAUUCACUUAUUCCAAAGAAAGAUACAGGUAUGCUGUGCUGUUAUUUUGAGUCCUGUGUUUAAGAAAUUGUUGU